UUCCCUUUCCCUUUUUCACUUGAAGCCGGCGUUGUCCGCCUAGCUACCUCGGCUCUUUACUGUACUUUUAGGCGGCCCUCUCGAUGACGGCGUUCGCGUUUCAAGCUCACCUUUUCGGUCCCUCUCGGGCCCCUGUAGCGAAGCCAGAAGCGAUUGGAGAGGUCGCAUGACAACACCCGCUGGCUGGGGACGCGACAACGAGGCCAGUGGGAGGAGCCCUCGCGUGACGUCAGUGGGCGGUGCAGCCAACCCCGAUCGAUCCCGCGCCAAAUUCAAACGCCGGCGGGGAGACAAAGUGACGUUGGGCAAAGUCGGCGGAGCGCGCUUUUUGGCUUUCCUGCGCUGCCGUUACUCUCCGGGGGAGCUCCGUUUAGUUACCGGCGCGCCGUUUCCAUGGCAACCCCACCCAAGCGAAGCCGGAGCAGCGUGAAGAAGAUCGCCAUCGAGGGCAAUAUCGCUGCAGGCAAAUCUACCUUUGUGAAUAUUCUCAAAAAAGCCCAAAAGGAAUGGGAAGUUGUUCCAGAGCCACUGGCAAGAUGGUGCAAUGUUCAGAACUGCCAAGAUGAUUGUGAGGAGCUGACAGCCUCUCAAAAGAGUGGUGGCAACUUACUUCAGAUGAUGUAUGAGAAGCCUGGGAGAUGGUCCUUUACCUUUCAAGCCUAUGCCUGUCUGAGCAGAAUCAGGGCUCAGAUCCAGUCUUUUGACGGGAAACUAAAAGAAGCUGAGAACGCUGUGGUUUUCUUUGAAAGAUCCAUUUAUAGUGACAGGUACAUCUUUGCAUCCAAUUUAUAUGACUCUGACUGUAUGAAUGAAACAGAGUGGACUAUUUAUCAAGACUGGCAUGAUUGGAUGAAUCAGCAGUUUGGAUCCAGCCUUGAACUGGAUGGCAUCAUCUAUCUCCGAGCUACUCCUGAAAAAUGCUUGAAUAGGAUUUACAUCCGUGGAAGGGAUGAAGAACAAAGCAUUCCCAUAGAAUACCUGGAGAAGCUUCAUCACAAACAUGAAAGCUGGCUCCAGCACAGGACGUUACGAAUGGAUUUUGAAUACUUGCAAGAGGUACCCAUUCUAACGCUGGAUGUAAAUGAAGAUUUCAAAAGCAACAAAGACAAACAUGAAAAUAUGAUUGAGAAGGUCCAAGAAUUUUUGAGUACUUUGUAGCACUUCCCGAAGUCUAACUGAAGCAGAGUGUUCCCAGCAUUCAUAUCACUUACUUGUUUUACCAAUGCUGCUUUUGCUUAACCAGGUUCGACUUUAUUGUAUGGUUAAAUAUUGCAAGGAGCUGGUUUUCUGUUUGCUGUGUAUCCAAGUGCCUUAGGUGAAGUCUGUGCUGGGAGUGAUCGUCUGUUGCCAAAAAGCAGCUGAAGAGGACUUGCUGUGAACUAUCAUCACAUCCUUUUUAUAGCAUGACUGAAAUAUUUUGGUAAAACUACUGAUGUCUCUGUAAUUAGUGAAACUUGGAUGAUAUGUCAGAUCCCAUUACACACAUUUCAGUCAUCUAUAUUCCUGUGGGAUGAUACCGUAGGCUUGCAGCUCCCUCCCUAGAAGCUGGAGAUGAAAGGGUUAUCAAGCUUGCAUUUGGCCCACAAUUGGACCCUUAAGUAAUAGUGAAGCAGAUUUUUGUAGCUUGAUGUAAGUUAGCAAAAAGGCUGUUAUAGAUGGACGAUAGGUAAAGAGAUUAUUUUGAAGCAAAAGCAUUCUCUGGGGGUGUGGAUACCAGGGGUGGGUGGGUAAAUGGUGAAAGCAGCUUUGCAAUACAGGUUGCCCCCCUUUUCUACGUGUAUUGGGAGGUUGCAUGCAUGUUCAAAAGGAGGGGAGCUUGCAUCGCAGUGGAAAGUUUUUGGUCCUGCAGACCCCUGUGUCCUGAAGGCAAUUUCCUCAGUUUCCUAGGUUACUGUAUUGACAUCGUUCGGUAGAAUAAAAUGCCAAAGGUAAAGCAUUUUCUCUUAUGUAUCUCUUAACCAUCCAUGAUGACUUCUCCUUGGACUCAGACUUGUUCCUUCCUUCACCCAGAAAGCUACGCCAAGCUAUGUAUUGCAAGUUGCAUGGAUGCCGAACAGAACCACCUCAAUGAGGACCAUUUAAUGAUUCCUGCAUUGUCCCCAAAGGUGGUUUUUUUUUUAUGUUUUCUGCAUUAGAUUGGUCUAGGGCAGUGUUGGUCUGGACUUCAACUCCCAGAAUUCCCCAGCCAGCAUGAGAAACACUGGCCUAGGGUAUAACUGCCUGCAGCUGAUUUGUAUCUGAUUGCUUUCUUGCUGUUUAUUGAUUUGAACAUACUACUGAAUUUUCCACUUAAGCUUGAAGUUGUUCUUUUUAGAAACAUGGACCCAUUUUAUAUCCUCAAGGGAAUAUUGGAAAGGAGCUUCAGAAGUAACUGUGGUUUAAAUUAUUAUUCUCUUUACCAUGGCAUGUUUUAAAACUGCAAAGCAUCAAAUGAUGUAGCCCUCUGAAAUAGAUUUAUUUUUAUAUGGUGUAUUUAGAUGUAAUCAAACUAAUCCAGGCUUUUAGCAUCCAAAGAUUCUGUGAUGUAUGAUGUGUGAUGUACGCUUCAUUUUGUUUGAUCAUGUUGGAAACCUUUGGGCUGAAAUAAAGAUUGAAAAC